AUGGAGCCUUACGGAUCUCACCAUUGGUCUGCAUUGUCCAUCUCACUGUCGGUCAAUCUGAUACCGAUCUCCAAUUCUCCGUUACUGGAGGCUAUGAAACCAAUUAUUUUUUUAUUGGGUUACACAGUAGUGAAGAAGACAUCUGGUGAGUAUGUGACCUCCAGUAGACAUCACGGUGUAUCAGAAGGACGGAGAGGAUCCCCGAGACACAUCACUGUCCCUUCAUCUGUGUCCCUGACUACUUUAUGUGACAAGAAGAAGAUUCUAGAAGUCACCCAGAAGAUGAUUGAUCUGCUGACAGGAGAGUAUUUUUGCUUUCUAACAGAAGAACGUCAUGGUGGUAGAUCUUUGGUGGGAGGUCUUUUUUUACCUCCCGAUAAUGAAGAAGAAAAUGAUGACCUCGCACAUCAUAUAAACCACAGGUCAUUUUAUCCGAAGAACCCAAAGGAAACCCUCAAUGCUGAGAAAUCUUCUAACCAAUCACACACAGUUACAUCAAACAUCCUUAUAAGAUCUCACAAUACAAAUUCAUGGAGUGACCCAACUAAGGAAACUUCUCUAAGCCAUGAAGUCCACACAGCUGAGAGAUCAUUGUCAUGUUUGGUGUGCGGGAAAUCUUUUAAGACUAAUUCUGAACUUCAUAGACAUCUCAGAUCUCACACCAGUGUGACAUUUUCAUGUUCAGAGUGCGGGAAAUGUUUCCCAGAGAAAGAAGACCUUCACAAACACCUUAGGAGUCACAUUGGCGAGCAGCCUUAUUUAUGCACAGUGUGCGGGAAACGUUUCGCUUCGAAACAAGUACUUUUAAGACAUCAGAGAAGUCACACAAGUCGACGUUCUUAUUCAUGUUCUGAGUGUGCGAAAUGUUUCUCUCUGAAAAAGAAACUUCUUACACAUCAGAAAAUUCACAGGGGUGAGCAUCGAUAUUCAUGUUCAGAGUGCGGGAAAUCUUUUGUUCAUAAAGGGAACCUUCAUAUACACCAGAGAAUUCACACAGGGGAACGUCCUUAUUUGUGUUCAGAGUGCGGGAAAUGUUUUAUUCAUAGGGGAGACCUUCAUAGACACCAGAGAGUUCACACGGGUGAGCGUCCUUAUUCAUGUUUAGAGUGCGGGAAAUGUUUCACUCAGAAAAGAUACUCUCUUACACAUCAGAAAAUUCACACAGGUGAGCAUUCUUUUUCAUGUUCAGAGUGCGGGAAAUGUUUUAUACUGAAAGGAGCACUUCUUAGACAUCAGAGAGUUCACACAGGUGAGCGUCCCUUUUCAUGUUCAGAGUGCGGGAAAUGUUUCAGUCAGAAAGAACACCUUCGGGCGCACCAAAUAAUUCACACGUGUGAGCGUCCCUAUUCAGGAGAGUGUCUUUAUUCAUGUACAGAGUGUGGGAAAUAUUUCCUUCAGAAAAGAGCGCUUCUUAUACACCAGAGAAUUCACACAGGAGAGCGUCCUUAUUCAUGUUCAGAGUGCGGGAAAUGUUUUACUCAGAAAGGUGAGCUUACUAGACACCAGAAAAUUCACACUGGUGAACAUCCUUAUUCAUGUUCAGAGUGCGGGAAAUGUUUCAUUCAAAAAGCACAGUAG